AUGUUGGGGUUUGCCAGCGGGUUUUUUUAUGUCAUCAUCAUCAUCAUCAUCAUCAUCAACGACAGCAUGACAUCAGUGUUCAACACUAAUGCUUCACUGCCGUACAGCCAUGACUUAUUUGAAAGCCUUAUUAUGUCGGCACCAUGCGACGAGCAGAUGCUGCAUGCAAAACCGAUGCAUGACGAACGGAGUCAUCAGUCCUAA